GUUUUGAACCUCAGCGUAGUAGGUACGUUGUGGUUAGGCAGUAGGAAUGAGUCAUUCUUAAACAGUUCAAUUAUGAUCUUUUGUUAAUUGUUCCUGAUUUAUUAAACGUAAAAAUGGUAGCCUCUGCUUUAUUUCAAGAAUGCCUUCAAGACUCCCCCAAAUUCAGGUCUCAGUUAGCACAAGAAGAGAGCCAAAUAGAAAUUUUAGAACAUAAAUUGGAAAAAGUUCUCAAAGCUUGCGGAACUAUGUUGGAUAGUGGAAAAACAUUUACAACUCACCAAACAAUUUUUACAAACAGCUUAUGGGAACUUAGCUCUUCCUUUCGAGACGUUCCAGAAACUGCAUCACAUUUGAAUAAAAUAAUACAAGGACUUCAAGAAAUGAAUAAAUUUCAAUCAAUUCUGUUGGAUCAAGCAUCUCGGACCGUUCUGAAGAAUAUGACAAACUUUAUUAAAGAAGACAUAAAAGGAGUUUGGGAAUCGAGACAGCAUUUUGACAAGAUAUCAGGUGAUUUAGACAUUGCCCUUUCUCGACAUUCUCAAGUGCCGAAGACAAAACCUGUAGAAAUAGAACAGACCAACGGAAUACUUCAAGCUACUGUUACUUGUUUUAGACAUACAGUGUUGGAUCACGUUUAUACAGUUAGUAUGUUACAAGCAAGAAAGAAACAAGAAGUGCUUGGAACCUUGCUUUCGUACAUGCAGGCCUGUAAUACGUAUUUCCAUCAGGGAUAUGAUCUUUGUGAAGGAAUGCAAUCAUUCUUAAGAAGCUUGGACGAUGAGAUUGUACAAAUGAGAACAGAUACAUCGAAACUAGAAAAAACCCUUGGAGAACGCCAUUCUCUUGUUACCCUUUCCGAUAAAGCUUCUAACGAUACUAUUGUACAAGGUUAUUUGUUUAAGAGGACUUCAAAUGCUUUUAAGACAUGGCAUCGCCGUUGGUUUUGCAUAAAAAAUAAUCAGUUAGUUUAUCGGAAAAGAACAGGUGAAGAACAUUAUACUGUGAUGGAAGAAGAUCUGAAAUUAUGCUCGGUCAGGCCUUCAGCAGAUUCUGAGAGGCGGUUUUGUUUUGAAGUUAUCUCUCCUUCCAGGAGUCAUAUGCUCCAGGCUGAUUCCGAAGAAAUGUAUAACCAAUGGAUCGUGGCGUUGCAGCAAGGAAUCGGUAAUGCAUUGCAGUUGGUCAUCCAUAAUUCUGAUAGUGAUAAGAAAUUGUCUUCCGUUGACAAGAGCAACAACAACAAGCGAUCCAAGAUUUGGGAGCAACUUACCAAAAUCCCCGGAAAUGAAUUCUGUUGUGACUGCAAACAUGCAGAACCCAGAUGGGCCAGUAUCAAUCUUGGGAUAACAUUGUGCAUAGACUGUUCUGGUGUGCAUAGGAGUCUCGGUGUUCACUACAGUAAAGUAAGAUCGUUGACAUUGGAUGCUUGGGAACCGGAAAUCUUAAAAGUGAUGGCUGAACUUGGGAACACAGUCGUCAACAGCAUCUACGAGGCUAAUCUGCCCGAAGAUAUUGAAACACCUGGCGCUACAUCUCCGGGUUCAGUACGUGAGGCAUAUAUAAAAAGGAAGUGGGUAAUAAAAGAAUUUGUGACUGGGCUAUCUCUUUCGCCGUUGCGGUGUAAGAGGAAGUGGUCCGUGAGGAAGUUGAGGAGAAGGGCCAGGUCCGGAGAAGGACGGUCACCACCUCCUGGGCUCGCUCUCGUCGGCGAAGACUUCAAUUCUGCUCCUCUGUUUGCUUGUAUCGAGCUCAGUUCCGGCGAAGAGUCUACCGAGGGUGAAGAUUCAAGCACUGUCAGCGAAGAGGAUAUAAGCAAGCUGUCUCCAUCUCUUCUAUUAUACAAAGCUUCUGCAGCCCAUAACAUUCCAGUGAUGCUUCAAGCGUUGGCUUUAGGCGCUGAUAAGCUGUGGGUGAAUCCGGAGCAGGACGGAAUGACUCAUCUUCAUCAGGCGAUUAAUAGCGGCUCAGUUAUGGCUUGUGAGUAUCUCUUGCUGAAUGGUGUUCCAAUUAAUGCCCAGGACAGCAACGGUAGGACUCCGCUUCAUCUUGCUGUAGAACUAGGUCAUACAGCUCAAGUAUGUCUCUUAUUGAAGCAUAGGGCGAAUCAACAUAUAAAGGAUGUAGAAGGCGUUGAGGCAUUAGACAUCGCUAUCAGAACUGCUCAUGCUGAUAUAGUCACUCUUUUGCGCUUGGGUCGACUGAAUGAAGAAAUGAAAGAGUCUGAGUCUGGAACAGGUGAUGAUACCUUUAAUGACGUGGUUAGAGAUUUUUCCCAACUAGCCUUCAACUCGCCUGUUCGUAACGAUGAAAAUAAUGGAGGGGGAUGAAGAGAGCAUUGUGCUGUCAUGUAGACAGGCCAGGUUGUCAGUACCUAUUAUUAUUGAUCUGAUAAACUAUUGAGGGAACUUGCUGUUAUAAAACUUCUGUGCCAAAGGCUGAUUCAGCAGAUAUUUUAUUGCCAUCCUAAACAAGGGAUAUGUACCAAAGGCUUUUUAUAUGUUUUGUUUUUGUUUUUUAAAUAUUUUUUUAACGUGUGUCUUUCUUCGUCUUUUAAUGAUUCACGCGCAGGGAUAAAAUAUACCGGUAGCAUUAAAAGUUAAGUGCUCUCAUUUCAGCACUUCUUUGUUGUGAUAAUCGCCUUGACAACAUUCAAUUUUAUUAGCUUUAUUUAGAUUUUAUUAUUUUUAGUGCUGACUUUUUUUUUACUGACAAUUAAAAUUUUCCUAUUUUAUCGGCCAUUAUGUUUUACUUGCCUUAAUGGAGCGGUUCCUAACCUUUUUAAUUAUAGCUCUUGCAUCAUCUAGAAAAAUAUUUUUCUUCAUUUAAGAAAUUAAAUCUAUCAAAAGAUUUUCUUCUUCAAACCACCUCGUUAAUGUUUGCACUUGGAAUAUACAAAAGACGUGCACGUAUCCAUCAGUUAUUGUAUUAAUAGCAAAUAUUACAGUAGUGUUUAUUCACAAGCGAACAAAUUGUAGUUUUCAUUAAAAAAAAAGUUAGAAAUUUCACAUGGUUAAGAACCGUUACCUUAGUGUAUUUUGUGUCAUAAUUUAAUAUAAUUACUUCUUGCCUUUGAAAGCCUUGCCCAAUCAAAAGACUGUAAUAUUACUGUCAGGGUUAUAUCUUAGUGUGUACAUGACGAAUCCCGUUUUAAUGUUGUUAACUCUUAAAAUCGGUUAAGUAACUUGUGUUUUUUAAAUUUUUUUUUGUUAUUAUUAUAUAAGGCAUUGGUAUCUUAAAUCAAAAAAAUCGACUUUUGUUUUUAUUACCAAUAUUCCCAGUGGAUUAUUUAUAGAGAACUUUCAACGAAAUGUCGGUUGUGGUAUUUUUCAAAAUAAUUGCUCAUCAAAAUAAAAUAACACAACAAAAAUAAACGGUUAACUACUUAGGCUUAUUAAAUAUGUUAUUAGUUGUAAUUUUUAAUGACAUUCAAAAGAUCUGCUUUGCUGUGACUCUUAUUACUGUUAUAUUUCUAAUAUUUACUUUUCUUAUAUAAAGAUGCUUUUUAUGUCUUGAUGUUGGAAAUUAUUUUUAUUUUUAUGAUAAGAAUUUAAUGUUGAUAGUGAUAUAUAUAUUUUGAUUUUUAAAACUAUUGUUAUUUUUUAUAGUUUUAAAUUGUU